AGCCAUAGGGAUUGGGAAUCUCAAUUGGCGCCUCAGCAAAUUUAGUGAGUGAGUGAACCUCCAGAUCGUCAUCCCCACCUGUCCUUUCCUCUGCCAUAUCCUUUUUCUUUUUCCUUUUUUUUCCUUCUUAUUCUUAUAACGCACCACCUCACAAAUUUUUUUCUCUCAUUCAAAUUCAUUCUGAGGCUGCGGAGCCUCCAAGUUUCUGUUCCCUUCCAUUCCUUUUUGUUCAUCAUGCCCUCAGGCGCUAAGAAGCGUAAAGCUGCCAAGAAAAAGAAGGAAUUGGAAGCUCAUAUCAACCCUGCUCAAGGAAAUGAGAAUGCUAAGAACCAAGAUGAUAAGGGAAGCGACAGUGGUGAGAUCGAUUCCCCAGCUUCUCAGAAUCACCCAAGCCACAGCAAUCCAUUUGGUGAGGGGAAUAAAGAAAUACAAGAGAGCAGCUCUUCGGACGCUGGGGUCCCGAGCAAUGUAGGGACUGAUCAGAAAGUUAAACUUUCUUCUGAGAGAAAAAAUGGAAAUGUUGAGAAUGAGUCUGUGAAAGGAUCACGUGAUGAUGACCAUAGCAGUAGUAGUUCAGAUGAUGAGUCUGUAGAUACAACAAAGAAACCUGAGGUACUGGAUGGGAAGACCGAUGAUUUGGUUGUGCCAACUGCUGCCUCUAUUCUUAACUCGAUUACACCAGAGCUCUCGGCAUCUGAGGAAACUAUCAGCAUUGCUGAAAGUGCAUCUGUUGAAAAUACUGCCAUACCUGAUAUGAUUGUUUCGAAAAAGUUAGAGACAACCCCCUUCCAAUCAGCAGAUGGAGUUACAAAUGUGUCAAUGGCAGCUCCAAGGGAUCUAUCAUCAAAACCAAAUGAGGAUAGAAAUUUACGUGUAUCAGCACAUGUAGCAAAUUCUGAAAGUGCAGAAAACUCCAAAACUGAAUCUGAAGAUCAGCCGUUGAUUGGGUCAAGACCACCAGUGCCACAAAGGUCCUCAUGGUUAAGUUGCUGUGGAUUAUGUGAUGUAUUUACCAGCUCGGACCGAUAGCUACAGUUUCUAUAUAUAGGGAAUGAAAAUUCUUCACAGGAGGGGUGAAGGUUUAAACAGCCAGGGUCUUUACGAGCACAUGAUAGCAUAGUCAUCGAACUUGAUGAGCCCAGCCUAAGGUAGAUCAUAUUCUUGGAUUUAGAAGCUAGCAAACUUGAAGAUAUUCCCUUACUACAUGUCUUUUGUCCUACAGUGAGUUUUUGUUCUUUGGAGCAUGAUCUUCUCGAUUUUGUAUUAGUCUGACAUUUUGCAAUUAUAUUAUCAUAAAUAUUUUGAUUGUGUCGAUAA